GGGGUCGUGACCAAGAACCAAACACGACCACACGCGUCAGGAGGUCAAUACAUUUGAUUUUGUUUGGUAACCGACGAUUGUCAUCAAGGCCGCAAGACAAGACAUUGCGCAACGACCAGCUCUAGAUGCCUGAUGCGCCUCGAAGAAGCAGUACAGGCUCAAGGCGCGGUCCUCCCAAACCUCAUGUUCCAUUCCGAGGAGAGAACUUCGAUGUGGCCAAAAAAACUGGAGUUCGUAUACAGCGAGCUGAAGUAGGCUCAGAUGGAUUUGAACCGUUUGAGGAUGUCGUCAGACAGGUGGAUACACUCACGCCAUAUCAAGUCAAAGGAAAGAAGAAACAUUCGCUUCUGGAGGACGAUAUGGAAGAUGAGGAAGAUGGUGGUGGAGAGGAAGACAUGGAUCUCGUCGACAGUCCUAUACACUACAUUUCUAAUGCCCGACAACCAACAUCUCCGCCUAUCUCCCGCAAUAGUGUGCGCUCGCGUCCACUCUCUAGUUCAACUCAUGAUUACUAUGAUUCCAUUCCUUCCCCGCGGGCAUCUCGUCGUUCUCUCGCCAACGGGUACUCUGCAGGCCCAUCGCGAUUGUCCCAGCGGCAUAGCCCACCAGGUAGCCAGGACGACUUAGACAUGAGCAUGACAACGAAUGGUGCCCUCCAUUAUUCUGACCAGGAUCUCCCUAUUGCCCAUUCACCUUCACCUUCACACCAAUCCUUCAACGCCCUUGAUAACGACGAUGACGACGAGGAGGAAGAGGACAGAGAAUCGACGCCAGUGCCGGCCCAACAAUCCCGGUCUCAAAUCACUCCAACGCCGAAAGCCACAGCAAAGGGCAAAGCCAUUCCACACACUCCACGACGUUAUCAGGAUCAGGAUCAGGAUAUGGAUGAUCAUUUCGAUGACAACGAUCAGGAAGAGGAACAGGAAGAGAUACCGCGAGGUAAGAAGAUACGAGUGGAGGAACCGAAGGAGGUGGUUUCCAGGAAGAGUAAGGCGAAAGGUCAAUCCUCAAAUCUGAAGGAAAACAAGGUUGAAGGUGUCCGGCGCUCACAGCGGAAAACGUACAAGCCACUGCAGUUCUGGCGGAACGAGAAAGUCGUCUAUGGUAGACCGACCCAUAAGACCGGUCAGAUUCUAGUACCUCAUAUUCGGGAGAUAGUACGAAUUCCCGAAGAGCCAGUCGAACCUUUAGGGUCGAAGAAGCGCAAACGUGCUACCAGAAGUCGGAGUCGUGCACCAGAUUCUUCAGGAAGCUUUCCAGAGGAAGGCUGGGAUGUUGAUACUUCUGAGCAUGGCACGGUUGUUGAAUGGAGGUCAAAGGAGUUGAUCGAGAAGCGUAUCGCUUGUCCUUCGAGUAAGGUUGCGACUCAGAAGGCUGGGAAUGCAGAGUGGGAGUUCCAGAAGAUAUUUGGGGACGAGCAGUUUAUUGCUGCUGGGCAACUGGUUAUACCCGAAAAAGGCAGAAAACCCAGCAAGAUGACAAAGGAUAAUACAUAUGUUUUCUGUAUCUUAGAAGGUGCUGUGAACGUGAAGAUCAACGAAACCAGUGUAAUUUUAUGCCAGGGUGGAAUGUUUAUGGUUCCUCGAGGUAAUCAGUAUUUUAUUGAGAAUAUCGGCACUCGGCCAGCCCGACUGUUUUUUGCGCAGGCCCGCAUGAUAGAACGAGACGAUGGAGAUCGGGUAGUGUCACGAGCAACAGCGAUGUCGGGUACGAGAGCCGCCACUGCCGCCGUUGGAAGCUCUGCGGCCGCUACGAAUGACGGUAGAUCAAGGAGAUCCAAUACGACAGCUGUGUGAUGUCUGCUAGCUUACUCUUCUCUCUUUGUAUACGUAUCCCCUAUCUAUCUUUUUAUUGCAAUUAAUUCCAUGUACCAUCAGGA